UAUUAACAAAUGGGAUCAGUUUGUCUCAAACCAAAUGUAGAGAUUAGGCCGUCAAGAAAUAAGCUUUUACAAAAAAUGAGUCUACAAAACUCUGAAAUUAGUCUUGAUCUGGAGGAAAGCCAAACAAUUGAUAAUUUAUACACCCCUAUAAAGCUGAUAGGGAGGGGUGCUUUCGGAGAAGUUGUAUUAGUACAUAACAAAGGAGUUAAUAAAUAUUGUGCCAUGAAAAUAAUUAGAAAAACUCUUUUUAAGCGACCUAAGCAUUAUGAACACCUAGAGACAGAGAAAGAAAUCUUGGAGAAGGUUCACCACCCUUUUAUCAUAAGAAUGGAGAAGUGAUUUCAAUCUAAAGAUAGGGUAUUUUUCGUUCUUGAAUUUGCACCAGGAGGUAGCUUAAGGUUCCAUUUCAACAACAAGCGAAAAUUCUCACUCCCUGAGGUUCAGUUUUAUGCUUCAGAGAUCCUCCUCGCACUUGAAUAUCUUCAUAAUUCAGGAUAUAUGUACAGAGACCUGAAAAUGGAGAAUAUUUUGUUAGAUAAACAAGGUCAUAUAAAGUUGGUAGAUUUUGGCAUCUCAAAAAUCAUCAAAGAUCGUGAAGAUAAACAAGACGAAAGGACUGAUACCUUUUGAGGAACACCUGAGUAUCUCGCUCCGGAAGUGAAAUCAAAGCAGAACUAUGAUAAAAGUGUUGAUUUCUGGAGUUACGGUGUGUUGCUCUAUUCAAUGAUUUAUGGUCGACUUCCCGAUACAUCUCGGGAGUCAACCAAGGAUUCUAAAAAUAAUAGUUUCUCUGAAUCAAUCAAACACACAAAGACUGAGUACCAAAGCAAACUCUCAGAAGCCGAUGAUUUAAUAUGGAGGUUUCUAGAACCCAACCCUGAGUUAAGAUUAGGUUCGAAAUCGGGUGACAUUGAGAUCAUCAAAGAUCACCCAUUUUUCACUUCAAUAGACUGGGAGAAAUGCAUCUCUCAAGAUCUAGAACCUCCAUUUAUCCCUGAUCUAGAGCACGACCAUGACACUAGCUACUUCGACAGGAAGUUAACGACCCUAACUCUUGACGAAGGUAUUUGCCAAACAAUGGUUAUUGAAUAAAAAAUGGAUAAUUUAAGCUAAUAACUCAACUUGGA